AAACCAGAACUUAUUUAUUUUCAGUGCUAUGCUAACGAUAGAAAAACAUGCUUUGUAAGAUUUUAAUUUCAAAGUUGACGACAUUUCCGGUUUUCGAGUUAUUUUGUACACCAUGUAUUCUAAAACCUCAGCCAUGUCAGCGUAUACCCAAGUAUAUUUCUGGGAAAAAUCAACGAUUAUUGCACACUGAUAUUAGAAGUCCUCAAAAUAUGCAACAAAGGCUGGAAAAUAAAUCAGCUUAUGAAAAUCUAUUAAAAGAAGAUAUGAACAACUUUUUUUCUGAUAUUCGUAAGGUUGGUAAUGGACACAGAAAUUCCCUUAUUACAAAAGAUGUGUCAUUAUUAUUUUGAUUCAACAGGAAAAAGCAUUAGACCCAAAAUAGUUUUACUAACAGCAAGAGCUUGCAAUAACACAUCUCACACAAGACAUCAAAGUUCUAUAUCCUCCAAUUGCACUGAAAAACAAAGAAAAAUUGCAAUGAUUUCAGAAAUGAUCCAUACGGGUAGCUUAAUACAUGACGAUGUCGUUGACGUGUCCAGUAUAAGAAGAGGAAAAAACACCGUAAAUGAUAUUUGGGGAGAUCGGAAUGCAGUACUAGCAGGAAAUUAUGUAUUGUCACGGGCAUCAUAUCUCACUGCAUCAAUUGGUGAAACUGAAAUUGUUACUUUGAUAGCAAGAAUCAUUGAUGAUUUAGUUAGAGGUGAAUUCAUGCAAAUAGAUACGAAUGCAAAUUUUGACCACUACCUCAAAAAAACUUAUAGAAAAACUGCGAGUCUUAUUGCCAAUUCCUGUAAAGCUGUUGCAUUUUUGAGCAAUUGCGAUAAUAAUACAGUUGAAGCAAUGUAUGAAUAUGGCCGAAAUAUUGGUAUUGCCUUUCAACUUAUUGAUGACCUGUUAGAUUUCUCACAGACUGCUGAAAAUCUUGGAAAACCUGCUGCCGCGGACUUGAGAUUAGGAUUAGCUACAGCACCAGUAUUAUUUGCUUGUCAAAAGCACAAAUUUCUGCAUGACAUGAUUCUCAGAAGAUUUAAAAAGCCGGGUGAUGUAGAACGUACUCUUGAUGCGGUUAGAAAUAGUGAUGGCCUGGAAGGUACACACCUUCUCGCUCAACAAUAUUGUAUGGAUGCCAAAAGACAUUUGAAUAUUUUGGUAGAUUCUGAAGAAAAAGAUGCUUUAUCUUCUCUAGCAGACUUGGUUUUGAAUCGGAAGAAAUGACCCACCCACAGCAUCAGAUUAUAACCACAAAACAUUUGUAAUAGGAAAUUUAUUAUGCAAGACUAUAAUACUCUCUUUGUUCUGAUUUCUUGUUUUGCUAUAUUUUUUGCACAAUGUUUGCAAAUAAACAAAUAACCAAAAGGUGC